AUGAAUCGACCUCUAUUGGCACUACUUUUGAUCCCGUUUCUCACGAUUACAAGAUGCCAGGAGCAUGGUGGGCAUGGAGGACAUGAAGGACACGGGGCAGAGUUCUUAGGCUUAUUCGAAGAGGAGGAAGAAGAAGUGGAAAAGGAAGAGCUUGAAAGAUUGCUGGAAAAAUUCAUGCAUAAAGGAUUCUCGGAUAAGGGUGAAUAUUGCGCUGUGUACAGACUGAAUUAUGAUUAUUAUUGUCGAGGAAUAUGGACCCACAAGAAGCUGACUACUCAUAGUCAUCAUCUACCGAAAAUUAAAGAGUUCUGCCCGACAUACAAGCGUCAUUGCACCAAAGACCAAAGCCCGAGAAGCAAAGAAGUCACAGGCGUAGGAGCAAACACAGGAAGCGUCUCAGUAGAACUCGUCCUUGAGAGGGAGCUCCGAAGCAUGACUUAUGAUGAGAUACUUGAUGAGCUGGCUAAGAUUGUUCCAUGCACGCCUGAGUGCAAAGAGUCCGAGUACCCUCACUGCACCCAGGAAUGCAAGUGUGACUACGAUUAUCCAACGAUGCAACGUUUCUGCAAUCCACCUCCGUUGCCUCUCCUAUUGAAUGUUUGCAGACUGUGGUAUUACCGAUGUCCGAAAUACGAACAAUAUCAUUACGCAUCCCAGUACAUCUACUCGAAGGCCGAAAAAGGAAAGGAAAUACCGACUCCGCGCCCGAUCACGACCGAGGAAUGGCAGCGCUAUUAUGGAAGAGUGAGUGGAUGA